CACACCGCACGCACGGGCAAAGAGAUUCCUCUCUUCUUCUUCUUUUUUUUUUUUAUUAUUUAUAUAUCGUCCCGAGCUCCCGGGGGGCCGGAAAAAAGGGCAAAUGGAAGGAGCCGGGUCGAGACUGAGCCGCGCCUCGUCCCGGUACGGCCCGACCGCCACCGUCUUCAACGGCCCCGUCCGCAAGUGGAAGAAGCGGUGGGUCCACGUGCCGCCGCCGUCGGCCGCCGCCGCCCCCGCCAGCCACCACAGGAACCACUUCCAGCCCAACCACCCGGCCUCCAACCUCUUCCUCUGCCGCUGGACCCCCGUCUCCUCCGGCGCCUCCGCGGCCCCCGACGGCGGCGACGGCGGCGGCGGCGGCUCCGGCUCGGCGGAGGAGGCCCCCAGGCGCAAGUAUCGCUACACUCCAAUUGCUGUGCUCGAAGAUCAUACUAAGGCAGCAGCAAGAAAAGCAGAAGAAGGCAAAAUAAGUGAAAACUACCCAAGCACUGGUGGGCCUAUGGUCGAGAAUGAUGAUAUGUAUGGGAAAAGUGAUCAUGCCGAGGACGAGGAGAAAGAAAUUCAGAAUUUGAGCAAGGGCGGUUUAGACCUGGGUGUGUCUCCAGACGAACCUGAGAAUGGUCAUGAUGACGUCGAUGACAAGAGCGCAACCAUGCUGAAAACAACCACAAGGCGGCUUCUGGUCAAGGGGAUGAGGCCACUCAAUGGGAGCCAGAAAACAGCAACUGAGAAACGGUUGUGCUGUGUUGUAUUGGGGUAAGACUGGCAAAUGAAUUCCCGUCUAGAGAAUGACUUGAGUUUGACAUUUAGGGCAUCAUGUAUCUAGUAGAUGUAGCGUAGUCAGUAUGUAUAAAUCCACCGAGGUGAUACUCGAGUUGCUCCUGUAAAUAUUUUGCUGGGCAAAUAUGUGCUGCUCUGUCUCUGUCUC